CGUCGGAACGUUGCGCGCGCGCAUAUCAACGUUUCACCAUAUUGCAUUUACAAAUAAAAUAAUAGAAUUUCGGCAAUUAUUGAAUAAAACAUUGAGUGUAACUUUAAGUAAAUUAAUAACAAGUAAGUUUUUAUUAUAAUUCAAUUGUACUAAAUAAGUUUACUGACGGACAAUGAAUUAUAACCUUGAAUUUAAAUUGAAAUGCAGCACAUCGGGUUAAGGUUGUUUACAGUGAAAGUUAUAGGCUAGAGUUCGAUGACAUAAUAGCAAAAGUUUAUAUGUACGUAUUAAAACAAAUUGUGUGAAUUUGGAAAAUACAGUUCAAGAAAGUUAAGCACUGCUAAGAGACUCUUCAAUAUGACUAUCCGGAGCAUGACAGUAACGGAUGCCCAUGACAGCACGAAGAGAUGUUGCAGAGGGCCAUACAAGCUAAGGACGAAAGUUAUAAUAACUGGGCUGGUGCUCCUCGUACUGGUGUCCGCACUGAGUGGCUUCCUCAUCGGCAGUGCUGACUACGCGGCAUGGAAGAACUCGGAGCCACCAGAUCCAGUGCAUCCAUUAAAACCCUCGCCGUCUAUUCUGCACAUAUUCCAACGCGCCGCCGUGUGUACAGAUGCACCGCAGUGUUCGAAGAUCGGCAGACAAAUCCUCGUUUCAAAUGGUUCCGCGGUGGACGCAGCGAUCGCGGCGAUGUUCUGCAACGGGUUGUACAACCAGCAGAGCAUGGGGCUUGGCGGUGGCUUCUUCAUGACUGUCUACAUAAAGGAGGAGGGUAAAGCGUACACUGUGAUAGCGCGAGAGACUGCGCCUGCCGCCGCCACCGCAAACAUGUUCCAUGGGAACUAUGAUAAGGCGAAGAAAGGUCCAUUGUCUUUGGGCAUCCCUGGUGAACUGCGAGGGUUAUGGGCUGCGUACAAGAGAUGGGGCAAACUUCCCUGGGAGAGUUUACUGGCCCCCACACUGGCCCUAUGUGAGAAUGGCUACGUCAUGUCAAAAGUAUUAUUCGAUGGACUUGAAAGUGCUCCAUAUGUCAAGAAUGAUCCAAAUCUAAGGAAAACAUACUACAACCCUACAAAAGGCCAGUUCCACAGACCUGGGACGGUGGUGAAGCCGAGUGAAGCAUUCUGUAAGACGUUGAAGGUGAUAGCUAGAAACGGUGGUGAUGAACUAUACAAUGGUAGCCUCGCUGUUGAAUUUUUGGACGACUUGCAGCGCGCGGGCAGUAUUGUUACAGCUGACGAUCUGAGGAAUUAUCAAGCAAAGAUAACGGAUUCUCUGGCGGUUCCUCUAAGCAAUGGCGACGUACUCCACGUCCCGCCACCGCCCAGCAGCGGUGUCAUUCUCGUCAACAUAUUGAACAUACUCAGCGGAUACAACUUCACUCAUAACAGUAUUAACACCACAGAAGACAAGAUACUCACAUACCAUCGGAUUAUAGAAGCUUUUAAAUAUGCGUAUGCGACGCGGACUAAACUAGGUGAUGUUGAUUUCUUGGAUUUACGUGAUCUAAUAAAAAAUGUAACGACACCAAGCUAUGGCGCGGAGAUACGAGCUAGAAUAAACGAUUCCUCGACCAGUAACGACACAGCUGUGUACGGCGCCACCGAGUACAACCAUCCGGACGCCGGCACCGCACACAUCUCUAUCAUAGCCAACAAUGGGGACGCCGUCUCUGUUACCAGUUCCGUCAAUUACUAUUUCGGUGCCGGUUUUACAACACUCAAUACCGGUAUAGUGAUGAACAAUGUAAUGGACGACUUCUCUCUGCCGGGCUUUACUAAUUAUUUCGGCUUGAAACCGUCGCCCGCUAACUUCAUAGCACCGGGCAAGCGGCCGAUGUCAUCAAUGAGUCCUAGUAUUAUUGUGGACAAGGGUGGCAAUGCUAAGCUCGUGAUUGGCGCCUCCGGUGGUACGAAGAUCACCACAGCCGUUGCAUUGGUGGCAAUGCGCAAGCUGUGGUUCAGACAGACGAUUAAGCAAGCGGUAGAUGAAGCGCGUCUGCAUCACCAGAUAUUCCCUAUGAAUGCCCAAUAUGAAUACGGAAUACCACAGGAUAUAAUAAAAGGUUUAAGAGCGAAAGGUCACGGCAUGGAGCGCUACCCGGGUAGAGGCUCCAUAAUCUGCGCAAUGUACAGGAAUAGAACAGGAAUCUACGCCAACGCAGAUUUCAGGAAAGGUGGCGACGUCGCGGGCAUUGAUUAGCAAAAAAAUAAUAACAUGUAAUUAAAGACAAUAUAUUUGGCAAAGCAGCGUCAUUUUAGCGCCCCAUUGCUAGUUCAACGCACAAAUACUGGUUUGUUGUAGAUAUUUAAGCAUUUACUGACUUUAUUUUUAAAUUUAUUACAGUUUAAUGUGUAACUUGUUUGCUUCUAAAGCAAAUAAUGUGCUGAAAGUGUUUCUUUAUCAUAAGUACGGGUCUGCGUCAAAACGCUUUAUUUAUGUAAGUGGUUUGAUCAAUUUAAUUCGUUUCAGAUAGUAAAAAAAAUCAAUAUUUAACUAUAU